AUGGCCUCAAAUCCGGUGUUUCAUGCUCGCACCAAACAUAUUGAAUUGGAUUAUCACUUUGUUCGUGAGCUUGUUCUUUCCGGCAGCCAUCGUGUUCAGUUUGUCCCAUCUAUUGAUCAAACUGCAGAUCUCUUCACCAAAGGCCUUCUCAAGCAACGCUUUCAUCUCCUUCGUUCCAAACUCGUCUAUCAAAGACCGCCGAGUUUGCGGGGGAAUGUUAAAGAAUUGUUUUUCUUUCAGGACACAAUGGUAGAUGAAAAUGGUAACAUAGUGGAGUGCAGGAUGCAUAAUUUAGUGCAUGACCUUGCUUUGCAUGUUGCUGGGAUUGAAUGCUCAAUCCUGGAAGAUGAAAAUUCACUGCAUGUCUCAGAACACAUUCGUCGUAUCUCUUUAGUUCAUGAAUCGGGGAUUUCUCCAAAAAUGAUCCAUGUAGCUAAGAAACUGCGCUCAUUGUUUUCCUUCUCUGGUAAGUUCAAGAUACUCCCUAUCACUUUCCUAAAUUUCCGAAGACUACGAGUGCUAAAUUUAUCUGCAAGAGGCAUCCGUGAGUUGCCAGUUACAAUUGGUACUUUGAAACAUUUGAGAUACCUCGAUCUCUCUCAUACAUAUAUCAGAUCAAUACCAGAGUCCAUAGCUAACCUGAAAAAUUUGCAGACUUUAGAACUCUCUGAUUGUUACAAUCUCCUGGAGUUACCCAAAGCUAUCCGCAAGUUAACGAACCUCAGACAUCUGGUUAUUAGGUCAUGUUCUUUGACUCACAUGCCAUCAGGGAUUGGAAAAUUAAGAUUUCUUCAAAAUGUGUCAGCAUUCAUAUUGGGUAAGAAGGCUGAUUGUGCUGAACUAACUGAGCUGGGUGGGCUCAACCUUAGAGGUAGGCUAGACAUUAAGAAUCUUGAGAAUGUGAGUAAUUUGGCGCAGGCUCAAGAAGCAAAGCUGUUUCAAAAGCUAAGGCUUCGCUCUUUGGGCUUAUCAUGGGGUCGCAAUGCUCAUCUGGUAGAUGCUGAAUUAUCUGCUGAAGUAUUAGAACGCCUGAUGCCAUCCCUGGUUUUAGAAGUUUUGGAUUUAUCCGGCUACAAUGGUUCAAUUUUUCCAACAUGGAUGGAAAGUUGUCCCCUCAUCAAUCUAGUAAAGGUUUCUCUGAUCAACUGCAGUUGUCUACAACUUCCGCCACUCGGGCUGCUACCUCUCCUUAGGGAUCUCUUUAUAAAAGGAAUGUCUGCAGUGCAUAUUAUUGGUUAUGAAUUUUAUGGGAAUGCUAAUACAAAUGAUGUAGCAUUCCCAGCAUUGACACAACUUGAGCUUUAUGAUAUGCCGAAUUUGUUGGAAUGGAAGGGUUUUGAAAUAGCUGGAAAACCUGUGUCUUUCCCUUGUCUUGACACACUAACAGUCAAAGGAUGCAACAAGUUGACUGGCUUACCAUCAAUUCCGCAUCUUAAAAACUUAGCCUUAUGGCAGAGUAAUGAAAUGCUACUUGACUCGUUGGUCCAUCUCAUGUCACUUUCCACUCUUGCUAUUAAUGAAAUGCCACAACUGAAGUCUUUCCCCAGGAAUCUGGAGAACUUGAGCCAUAUCACGCAACUGACCAUGUAUGAUUGUGAUAAUCUGGAGUCUCUGUUUGAGGGCAUGGGAGGAUUUACUUCUCUUGAACAUUUGAGUAUUCUAUACUGUAAAAAAUUGGAAUCCUUGCCUAUGGAGCUGAGGUACCUUGCUUCACUCAAAAAGUUUGAUAUUGUGGGGUGUGAAAAAUUGGCUUAUGUCCCAGACAUUAUCCAACACCUUUGUUUGCUUGAGGAGUUGGUCAUUGAGCGUUGUCCCGCGUUGCAUUCAUUACCAUAUAUACCUGUCAGUCUCAAAAAGUUGGUCAUCAGAAGGUGCCCUCAAUUACAGAAACGACUGGAGAAGGAGAAAGGCGACGACUGGGAUAAUACAAAACAUGUCCCAUAUGUGGAGAUCGAAAGUGGAGAGUUCAUCACUGAAGAAGACAUCUUCUGA